UGAAAUAUUACCACACAAUAAUUGUAAUAGGUGUUGCCUACUUUUCAGUAAAAUUAAAAAAAAUCUAGUUGGUCAAUUCUGUCAAAACAAUGAUAAACUUCAAAAUCUAACCUCACUGUCAAUCAGGUACGAAAAAUCGAAAUUUUAAACCAUAUUUAAUUUAGCAUUUAAGUCCAAAAAUAUAGUAUUAUAAGCUCUAAAAAAUCGGUUAUGACGCAUUUUUACAAAUUGAGUUCGCUAUUAAAGUACCGUAAUUUUUCGUUUAUAGGAAAUUUCAAGUAUUCUGUAAAUAGUCACCCGCUUAACACAAAUAUGGGUAUGCCACUCGUCGAGGUAGUUAAGAAACUGAAAGAGUACGCUCCUUUAGAUUUAGCCGAGCCGUGGGAUAACGUGGGGCUCUUGAUUGAACCGUCAGAAGGGGCCACUGUCAACACUGUUCUUCUAACCAUUGAUUUAACUGAAGAUGUAGUGGACGAGGCUAUCGAAAACAAAGCGAGACUUAUUAUUAGUUAUCACCCGAAUAUUUUUAAGCCUUUGAAAGCGAUAAGUCAAGGCCACUGGAAAGAACGUAUAAUCUCGAAAUGUAUAAGAAACGAUAUUGCUGUGUUCAGUCCACAUACCACUUGGGACGCGAUGGAGAACGGCGUGCAUGAAUGGUUGGGGAAAGCUUUUGACAGUUCCAGCAAUAAACCCAUCAUAGAAAAUAAAGAUUACGAGGGAGGACAUGGUGUUGGCAGUUUUUUGACUUUAAAAUCUGCUAUUUCAUUGAAGAACGCCAUAGCUGCAGUCAAAAAGCACGUUGGUGUGCCAUACGUUAGAGUCGCAGUCGCCAGACACAGGCAUUUGGAAUCGCCCAUUUCCACAGUAGCAAUUUGCGCGGGGUCUGGGGCGUCGAUACUGAGCGGCGUACUGGCAGAUUUGUACCUAACAGGGGAAAUGUUGCACCACGAAGUAUUAGAAGCUACUCAGAACGGUAUCAACGUGAUUUUGUGCAAUCACAGCGAUUCGGAACGCGGUUUUCUCAAUACCUUCAAAGAGACGUUCAAGCAUGAUGGGCUGAACGUCGUUUUAUCCAAAAUCGACAAAGACUGCUUGGAGACCAUGUGAUUAAGGGAAGUGAUGAUACAAAAUCGGAAUCAUUUUGAGGCGUUGCGUUUUGGGUACAAAAAAGUUGUAUGGUUUGGUUAUAUGGGUUUAAAGUUCAUUUUUUGUUUGUAUAUCCAUUGAGUUACA